AUGUGGUCGUACAUUACUUUUCAAAUUUUUUCCUAUUUACUGACUGCCAAUAUAUGUAACGGACUUUCUAGUUCUAUUCGGCCUUUCACUAACUAUCAAUAUUCAAUCGAACUUGAAUCAAAUGUCGCUAAUUUGUGGUGGACAGUGGACGAUGCUGAACGAGAGAUUACCUUCGAGCUACAUAUCAAAACUACAGGAUGGAUCGCUUUGGGCAUUAGCCCAGCUGGGGGCAUGAAAGGUGCCGAUAUCGGUGUCGGAUGGGUUGAUCAGAAGGGUACUGUUCAUUUUCAAGAUCGAUAUGCUUUUGGUUUUGUGAAACCUCUCAUUGACAAUACAACCGCUGACUGGUUCGCUCUCCAAGGUCGAGAGGAAAAUGGAUGGACAGCCAUUCAAUUCAAACGUUUACUCGACACUUAACCUACUAAUGCAAGUAUGUUUACUUUACAGAGUGGAACUAACGUUGUGAUAUUUGCAUAUGGUCUUGUCGAUCCUGAUCUGUCUGGAUCACAUGAUGAUAUAUCAUAUCAUGCAAAUCGCCGCGGUACAAAGAUGAUUCCACUUCAGUUCUACGGACAACCGCCGCCGGAUGAGAAAUUUGCUGAGCUGGAUUAUUUCGACUUUCAUCCAAACAAUUAUCUUAUACCAUCGACUGACACCACCUAUCAUUGCAAAGUAUAUAAAUUACCGAGUAAGUAUACAACUAAACGGCAUGUUAUCGCGCACAAAACACUAAUCGAUUCUGGCAAUGAAGAUCUUAUUCACCAUUUGCUCCUACACGAAUGUGAUCCUUCAGCUACUUUCGACAAUGAUAGUGAUUUGCCGGAUGGGCCGUGCAAUGAUAUUACUGAUAAGAUCACUGCAUGCACAACGAAGAUUGCCAUUGGAUGGACUAUUGGUGGUGAUCGGAUAUUCGAGUUUUCUGACGUAGCCGGCUAUCCCAUUGGUGGUGAUUCGUCCGUCAAAUAUUACAUGAUUCAAAUGCACUAUGACAACCCAAAGCAAAGCUCAAAUCGUCGUGACAGUUCAGGCCUUCGAUUUUAUUUAAGCAAUGAACUUCGUCAACAUGAUCUUGGCUAUCUAGUUUUUGGUACAGAUAUAUCCUUUCUGAGUCUCGUCAUACCACCACGAGUUGAUCAAUUCGUAGUCGAUUCCUAUUGUCCAAGCACAGCAACGCGUAGUUUUCCUGAAACAGGCAUCACAGUGUUAUCCGCCUUGCCGCACACUCAUUUACAAGGUCAUAGUAUGUGGACAAAACUGAUCCGCAAUAACACGGCUGUUCAAUAUUUAUUUAAUGCAGAAGCAUAUGAUUUCAAUUAUCAAUUUGCUAAUCGUUUUCCGAAAGGUAUUCAAGUCUAUCCAGU